CAUUACUCUGCGGCGUCAAGGGCUUUAGAGAGUCCGCUCCCGAUUGAGUCAAGUCAAUGAGAAAACUGACUCCGAAGUGCCUCUGGAGCAUUUGCGCGUCAGCUGGAGCAUUUGCGCGUCAGCUGCGCGGUGAAAUCGACUCCGAGCGGCGGCGUUUGCAAGCGGGAGGCAGCCGUUGCAUGCCGGGUAGCCGAGGCGGUGUGCGUGCUGUUUCUGUGCGAAGGAAUGAGACGGCUAAACUCCGCUGCCUGUCUCCGCGGUCACCGAGCACCCACAGCGGCCGAGCGAUGAGGAACAGGGCGUUGGGACCAGCUGAUUUGGCGUCUGCACCAUGCUGCGUUGGUCCACCGGUUGGCGCGUCCUAAGUCAAGUCGCCGCUGCCACAUCGCCCGCCAUGCACGCUACCCAUCUAUACGCUGCCGGGGGAGGCGGCGGAGUCAAUGCGGGGAAGCGACAAGGGCUGGCUGUGCUCGAGGUGCCGCCCCCCCAUCCCCAUCAGUACCAGGUGCUGCCACCGUACCUGGCGUACCCGGGGCCUCGGGGAAUCCGCUUUCAGCCGCCGCCCCGGGCCCAUCUUCGCACGCAAGUGGGAGGCAAGAAGAAGACGUGGAACUUCAUCCAAGAGAAGAUGAGCUACGACACCUUCUUCACCAUGAAGCGACUCAUCGAGCGCUCGAGCCGCCCUGACGAGGUUCUGCGCUGGCUGUCUCAGAACCCGGCCAAGAUCUCCCACAACCACUAUGCCGUGGCACUGCACAAGAUAGCGCAGCUGCUACAGGCCGCCCCCCUCCCGCCGCUGCCCGGCGGCGAAGCUUCGGACGCAUGUGGUCGGCACGUCCUGGAGCGCCAGGACUUCCUGUCUCUGUGCGAUGCCGUCAUCAGCGACUGCUCCGACUUUGACAACUUCAGUGUUGUCAACUGCCUGUACGCCGCCGCAGCGCUCGGACUCUCCGGCGACUGUCCGAUGGUGGCGGCGCUGGAGGCGGAGUGCCACGGCCGCCUGGCGCGCUUCAACCAGAAGGACGUGUCCAUGGUGUUCAGUUCCAGCCUCAAACUGCACCCUGGCAGCCAGCACCCGCUCGCUGAGGCCUGCCUGCUGACUUUGGAGAAGAACCUGGAGCGAGAGCGCCACCCGCAGACCCUCUUCCUGCUGCUGUCCUACUACCGCCUGAAAUGGCGUGGCGGCACCAGCGACGAGGACGAGGCGGCGCCUGACCCCCAACGGGUGCUGGCCAACAGAAAGAUCUUGCGUCUGGUCAAACACACGCUGGCCAGCGUCAGUGGCGUGCGAGACCAGGAGAUGGCGCUGCUGGAUGAGAUGUUGGCAGCCUGCGCCCGGGAAGCCAACAACAAGAGCCUGGAGUUCAUCUUCAGCUCGCACCUCUUCUACCAGAACAGACAGGAGAGGUUCAUCAGAAGCCUGGCAGACGAGCUUCCUAAGAAGGAGGACGGCCUGAGCGUGGCCACCAUGUCGCUCAUCUCAAAGUACGUGGCGCGCCAUCGUCUCCGCGAGACGGCCUUACUUGACGCCAUUGCGGCCUUCCUAGUCAGGAAAGCAGAGCAUCUGGACAGCAAGGUCAUCCAGAAGCUGGUGUUUCCCUUCAGCAGGAUGAGCUACCGUCCGUCCAACGAGGACCGGUUCUUCCGGGUCCUGGAGGAGGUUCUGGAGUCCAAAGCGCUGAGCUCCCCGCUGGCCACCGUCAACAUCCUCAUGUCGCUAUUUCAGCUGGGCCGCUUCCCGGGUGCCGUCCUGCAUCACGUCUUCUCCCCCGCCUUCAUCAGCAACGUCACCGACAGCCCCUACGCCCUGAUCGUGCGCCGCUACCUGUCCUUGCUGGAUGCCGCCCUGCAGCUAGAGCACCCCCACUACCGGGGCCCCCGCCUGCACCCCGAACUGAAGGUGCUCAUGUUCCACCAGGCGCUCACCGCCGACGAGGUCAACCGCAAGUACAGUUAUAAAGGCGUCGUGGCCGAGGCUCUGCGGCAGCUGGUUGGAGAAAACAACUACAAGCGGGACCAAAUACUUGAGCCCGGAUACUACACAGACUUUGUGUUGCGAGUGGAUUCGUCCGGUCGGGUUCUUCCCAUGCAGCCAAGCGGGCAUUCGGUUCCGGGCUCGGCCGUCGGGUGCACUCCACAGGAACCGGAUGACAUCGGCAACUUGUCGGCCUCCUUGGCCGCACUGGACACUGGCGCUCAGGAGGCGGCGGGGGCUGCCCAGACCACAGUGGAGCCUGGGUCCUUUCCACCUCGGACGGCAUACGGCCCGGCAGGCGGCACUUGCCUCAAGGACAGCGCCGGUCCCUCAGACUCGGGCCCCCAGUGCCACGUGCCUGCAGGGGAGUACCAUUUGCCGGAAAGCCAGGAGAGCUCCACACUCAGUAGCCCCCCCUCCGAGGGCCCGCUGCCACCAGCAGAGGAUCCGGGAUUGGCGGCCGUUGGUGCCACCUCCGCCCCAGACUCUCUCUUCCAGUUCUCCAUGGGAAAGAUCCUGGAGGACGAGGCGAGCGCGGAUCUCCCCACUGACAAGGGGACGGCUCUCUACAAAGCGGGGACGCCAAGUGAUGGGUCCACGAUGGAGGCUGCCCAGCCUCCGCAGAAAGAGCAGCAAAUAAGGAGGUUGGUGAUCUCGGUGAAUGACAAAUGGCACUACUGCCACAACUCCAGCGUCCUGGUGGGCUCCCGCGCCAUGAGGGACCGCCACCUGAGGCUGCUGGGCUAUGCCAUCCUGCAGCUGCCCUACCACGACCUGGAAAAGCUGAACGGCAUCGAGGAGGUCAAGACGUAUCUCCGCGCCAAACUCCACGACGUACCGCCGUGAGCCUUUUGUCUUUGUGGCCAAAAAGGUUUUUAGGAAAUGUGACAAACGGUUGACGGCUGGUUGUCGACUGAUGUGUGCGCGCUGUCCAGGGUAACAGCGUGUUAUGAUUAAAAAAAAAAAAAGUGUGUGUGGCAGGGAGGGAUGACUGCUCAUCAUGGAUGGGGUGAAAAUUCAGAUUAUUUAUCGCAUUGUUAAUAGUUAAUAAAUUUGAUGCUCUUGGCCUGA